ACAAAUUCUCAAUAAACUAAUUAAAGAUUUUGAUUGAUUUGGAAAUUAAUUUUAAUUGAACAUGAAAAUCGUUCUUUUUCUUUUUGUAAUUUUUUCAUCAAAAAUUGGGACUCAGGCAUGGUUUCCAGUGAAAAAUCCAUUUCAACUAAAAAUAGCAGAAUUAAAGCAACAUUCAAUUACAGAUUGCAUGGAUGUACGGUCAGACGAAGGAAUAUAUAAAUACACAAAAACGAUAGAUUACAAUUCGGAAAAGAACCACUCGAAUUUCAUUGACGUAUCUGAGGUAGCGGAUAGCAUGCGUGUAUGUGGCUUGUAUUUGUUCACAGAUCCAGAUAAAAUUAUCGAAAUAUUUAUUCGGCAAUUGGAUGUGGAUUGCGAGUUUGGCGGGCUGGUUUCGGUAUUUGAUGGUUGGGAAUUAAAUGGUAAUUAUUUUCCCAAUCAACAUGACCAUCCUCUAAAUUUAGAGCAAAGAAGCAAUGAGCUAUGCAAUACUUGGAAUCACUAUCCUCUGUACAAAAGUGUUUAUCGUUCAAGCCAAAAUGCAGCUUUAAUUCAAUAUCGAAUUCCAGUUAAAGGAUCAUUCACAGUUAUUGUUCGUCAUUUGAAAAACCCACAACCUUGUAAUAUAUUAGUCCAACCAGAAUUAUCCCCAUCUUAUUACUUGAGUAACUAUGGCGAGAGAAAAAAUUGUUCCAUCAGCUCAAUGUUUCCCGCAAAAAUUAAACUUAUUCAUUUCAAUGUUGGAGGAAAACAAUUGCAGCACGAUUGUGACACGAAAGCAGAUAGACUUGCUAUUGAAGGCGUUAUGGAAGCAAAUGCUGAUAGUCCAAAGACACUUGCAAAUAUUUGUGGAAAAUCGAAUCAAAUGUUAACUUAUUCAAUGCUUUGCGAUUUUUCAACUCUUCGGUUAAUAUCGAGUGGAUUGUAUCAAAAUCGAGUGCUUUUGUCGUUUGAUUUCAAUAGUUUUGAUGAGGAAUUAGUUCAUGAUACUUUGUACUGUGAAACUUAAUGAAAAAAUUUAAGUUUAAAAGAUGAAAAAGUUUAAAGUUUAGUGAAAUCACAUAGAAGUAAACCCAUGUACAUAUUUUGUUAAAAG